CUGGAAUUGUAGGACUGUGAAUUUCCUUCUUUAAGGUCAUUAACCUGUCUACAAUGGCUCCGUCCCUGGCAAGAUCUGCUCCAAGCGAGCUCAACCAUUGGUGGAGCCAACUGCGGUUCCGCCUCCAGAACCGUAAAGGAUGGAACGAAAUGUUGGACGAAACCUUUUUGCUCCAUAGUAAGCUGACAAAUAACAUUCCUCUCUUCUAUGCGGCUAAAAAGAACAGUGUGGGUUGCAUCAAGAAGCUACUGAGCUGCGCCUCCACUAAUAUCUUUGAGAGAGGGGCUUUGGGGGAAACGGCGCUUCACGUCGCUGUGAUGAACGACAACUUGGAUGCGGCCGUGGCCCUAAUGGAUGGAGCUCCUGAACUCGUCAACGAACCCAUGACCUCUGAACUUUUCCAAGGUGUUACUCCUCUUCAUGUCGCGGUAGUGAACCAGAACAUCAACCUGGUCCACCAUCUGAUAAGUCAUGGAGGUGACGUGGUGACGCCCAGAGUCACCGGGCUGUACUUCAGGAAGAGGAUAGGAGGUCUGAUAUAUUACGGUGAGCACAUCUUGUCUUUUGCUGCCUGUGCUGGAAACGAGGACAUCAUCUCCAUGGUCAUCGAUGCCGGAGCGAGCACAAGGGUCCAGGACUACCGGGGCAACACGGUGCUUCAUAUUUUGGUUUUGCAGCCCAACAAGACGAUUGCAUGCCAGGCCAUUGACCUGAUUCUGGCACGUGAUGUUGAGCUGGACCAGGCCGUGCCGCUGGACAUGGUGCCCAACUACCGCGGGCUGACGCCUUUCAAACUGGCUGCCAAGGAAGGAAACGUAGUGGCGUUCCAGCACCUAAUAAAUAGAAGGCGUGUGGUUCAGUGGAGUCUGGGCCCAUUGACCUCUAACCUCUACGACCUGACAGAGAUUGAUUCCUGGGCUGACAACCUCUCAGUGCUGGAGCUCAUCGUGGGCAGCAGCCAGAGAGAAGCGAGGAGGAUACUGGAGGUGACGCCAGUCAGGCAGCUGGUCAGUCUGAAAUGGAACCUCUAUGGGAAACAUUACUUCAGGCUUCUGAUGCUGCUGUAUCUCCUCUAUAUUGGGACCUUUACCCUGUGCUGUGUAUUUCGCCCCCUGAAGGACACUCCUGAGAACUACACAAAGUCAGACUUGGACAAGACCAUCCGAGUCCAGAAAACACUGGAAGAGAGUUACGUGACCUACGGAGACAACCUGCGGCUGGCAGGAGAGGUCAUCAGUGUCCUGGGUGCCUUGGUCAUCUUGGUACUAGAGAUUCCUGACAUACUGAGAGUGGGAGCUAAGCGCUAUUUUGGCCAAACAGCCCUCGGAGGCCCCUUCCAUGUCAUCCUCAUCAGCUACGCGUGCUUGGUGGUGCUGCUGUGCGUGUUCAGGGCGAGCGGCGUGGAGGGGGAGGCCGUGGUGAUGGCGGUGUGUCUGGUACUGGGCUGGAGCAAUGUCAUGUUCUUCGCCAGAGGUUUUCAAAUGCUCGGCCCUUACGUGAUCAUGAUACAGAAGAUUAUAUUUGGAGACCUCACUAAGUUCAUGUGGCUGAGUUUCAUAGUGCUCAUUGGCUUUUCCACCUCCCUUUGGAUGGUGUAUAUGACCCAGGACCCAGAGUCCAUGCCAUCUUACCGCUCCUUUCCCAUCACCCUCUUCUCUCAGUUUGAGCUCAGUGUGGGGCUCAUAGACCUGCCUGUAGACCACACCAUCGCUACUCCCUCGAUCGUCCACGUGCUACACUGCACGUUCUCCGUGGUCUCCUACAUCCUGCUGCUCAACUUACUCAUAGCCAUGAUGAGCGACACGCACUGGAGGGUGGCCCAGGAGAGAGACGAGCUCUGGAGGACUCAGGUGGUGGCCACAACCUUGAUGCUGGAAAGGAGGCUGCCUCGCUGCCUGUGGCCACGGCUGGGGGUGUGUGGGCUCAACUAUGGCCUGAAGGAGCGCUGGUACCUAAGAGUUGAGGACAGAAAUGACCCAAUGGUUCAAAAAAUGCGACGCUACAUCCAGGCCUUCUCCAAAGAUGAUAACAGUGGUAAAGAGAAGGAGGAGUUUGAGAAGACAGACCCGUCCAAAGGGGCAAUACAAGGAUCCCCCACACUCAGGCCCAAACACAGGGGUGGGUUCAGCUCCAAUAGGAAGUCUGUGACAGGCUGGCAGAUGAUUCGCCACAGCACUUUAGGUUUGGACAUCGAGCAGGAGGAGGCUGAGGAGGACCAGAAUAUCAGAUAUGUCUGAAGUGGCCCUCCCC